AUGAAUGAAGAGAGCUUUGCCGCGCUAAGCGUGAACCAGCUGCGAACGAAUUACUCCAGACAAGCUCAGCAAGCACUUGGAAUCCAUCAGAGCCGGAUCAACCUCUUGCUGGAGCAAGGAAAAUGUCCCGACGUGGGAUGGGAAGAACCUACCAUCGAACUUCUCCUCCAGAAUCUCUCGUUGAUGGACAGCAAUAACUUCUUAGGAUGCACACAGCUCGGAGAACGCGAAGGUCGAUUUGCUUCGGACAUCGUCCGCAAGAGACAUUUUCGAAUGGGCCACGGUAUAGGGCGCUCAGGCGACAUUCAGGAACAGCAGCCCAAGGCGGCUGGAUCGACACUUAUGAAUCGAUUGACGAAUUCGAUGGUACUUCAUGUGCUCCAAGCUAGCGGCGCACCAAGCACUAAACACUGCUUCGUUGUACCGACGGCCACUGGAAUGGCGUUAGUAUUGUGUUUACUUUCGUUCCGCUCGAUAAAACCUAAGGCCAAGUAUGUGUUAUGGCCGAGAAUCGAUCAGAAAACAUGCUUCAAAUGCAUUCUGACAGCCGGUUUGACACCUGUAAUCAUUGAGGAAGAGCUCCAAGGUCAUGAGCUAUGCACGAACACCGAAGAGAUGAGGAAGACAAUUUCGAAGAUAGGCGCAGAGAAUAUAUUAUGCGUUCUAUCCACAACUUCGUGCUUCGCUCCAAGGAAACCGGAUGACAUAGUCAGCAUCUCGGAAAUUUGCAAAGAGUUCGAUCUCAUGCACCUAACAAACAAUGCGUACGGGGUGCAGUCGACGAAGUGUAUGGCCCGCCUGGAACAAGCCCACAAACAUGGGCACAUACACGCUUACGUUCAGAGCACCGACAAAAACUUCAUGGUGCCGGUGGGAGGUGCCAUUAUAGCCGGAUUCGAUAAAGAGUUCAUCGAGGCUAUUGCUCGAUCCUAUCCGGGAAGAGGCUCCUCAUCCCCUACGAUGGAUCUAUUCAUAACCUUGCUCACAGUCGGCAUAAAAGGCUAUCGAGAAAUAUGUAAACAACGUAAGGGGACAUUCUACUACCUUGGCGAAGAGCUUGAGAAACUAGCAGAGGCUCACAACCAGAUGGUUCUGAAAAUCGCCUCGAACGACAUCUCUAUCGGGCUCACUCUGAACGGAUUCGAAGGUAUAGAUGAUGUGAGCUCGAUAGGCUCAAUGUUAUUCACGAGAUUCGUUUUCGGUACGAGAACGGUCAACCCAGAAGCAGUCAAAGACAUAGAAGGCUAUCAUUUUGUUGGAUGGGGCUCGCAUCACAGUGAAUACCCGCAUAGUUAUCUCACGGCUGCGGUUGGCGUCGGGACCACGCUACAGGAUGUGGAUACAUUCAUAUCCAAAUUAGAGCACAUUCUGUCCCGGACGAAGAAAUCCACGGAAAAAAUGGUCGUCGUGCUCGGCAAGAAGGACAAACCUCGAAAGUUUUCCGUGCAUCGAACGCAAAGUUCGGAUGAGAGACAAUAA